AAAAAAUUUUAUUUAUGGGGGCACAAAAUUAGCUAACAUAAACAGCAGAUCCAAGUCUCUUAUUUAGAAGUUUGAGCAACUCGAUCUGUCAAAAAGAAACAAACACUUUCACCAAUGUCUAAGCCAAGGUUGGAGGGUAAGAUUGCCCUGAUCACUGGUGCAGUUAGCGGGAUUGGCGAGGAGGCUGUGAGAUUAUUUGUAGAGAAUGGAGCCUUUGUUGUUGCCGCCGAUGUCCAGGAUGAUUUAGGGCAUCAAGUGGUGGCUUCAAUAGGCUCACACAGAGCUACUUAUCGCCACUGCGAUGUGAGAGAUGAGAAGGAAGUAGAGGAAACAGUGAACUUCACCUUGGAGAAAUAUGGAAAGCUUGAUAUUCUUUUCAGUAAUGCUGGAAUCAUAGGUCCAUUAACAGGCAUCUUGGAACUCGACAUUCAAGGGUUCGACAACACCAUGGCCACCAAUGUACGUGGCGUGGCUGCCACAAUCAAACACGCCGCCCGUGCAAUGGUGGUGAAAAACAUUCGCGGUUCCAUCAUAUGCACAACCAGCAUUGCAUCUUCUCUGGGUGGAACCGCACCGCAUGCAUACACAAUUUCGAAGCAUGCACUAGUGGGUCUGGUAAGAACAGCUUGUAGUGAGUUAGGGGUUCAUGGGAUACGGGUGAAUUGCAUCUCUCCCUUCGGAGUUGCAACUCCACUUUCUUGCAAGGCUUACAAUUUGAAACCCAGUGAAGUUGAAGCAAAUAGUUGUGCCCUGGCGAACUUGAAGGGGAUAGUAUUGAAGGCUAAACAUGUAGCAGAGGCAGCUUUAUUUCUGGCAUCAGAUGAAUCGGCAUAUAUCAGCGGACAUAACUUAGCUGUUGAUGGAGGAUUCACGGUGGUUAACCAUAGCUUUUCAGCCAUUUAAUCAAGUGUGAGUUUUAUUAUAUUUUUAUUAUUAAUUCUAUGUAUGUUUGUUAUUAUUGGCUUCUCUUUGUAAAAUUGAAUUGUAUGAAGUUGUGUGAUGAAUCAAGUCUAAACGUUUGUUA